AUGCUAGUCGUCGGCACCUGCGGUUGCGUCGGCUCAGACGAGACCCUUGCCUGCUUCAUCGCCGGGAGUUUCUUGAACUGGGAUGGCGUGUACAACUCCGAGAUGCAGGCUCGCCAUGACACUUUUAACCCUACACUCAAAACCCUCUUAAACUUCGGCACCUUUAUGUACCUCGGGGCCGUCAUGCCGUGGGAGCAAUUUCAUAUGCCCCACGACACUGGGAUCACACUUCCGCGACUAUUCGGCUUGGGCUUUUUGAUUCUAGUCCUUCGUCGGAUCCCAACAAUCCUCCUUGGAUACCGAUUCAUACCUGCCGUCUGCCAUGACUGGACUGAGGCUUUGUUCAUGGGUUACUUUGGCCCGAUCGGUAUCGGCGCAAUCUCAUACGUAGAAUAUGCCCGUCGACUCUUUCCCGAUUCAGGAGAAAGCGACAAUGAGAUCAAUAACCUAACCGCAGCAAUGAUACCUGAGGUAUGA